AUGGUUGAAUUUGUUGGGAAUGAUAAUGAGGAUGUAAUUGAGGAUGUAAUUGAGGAAGUAAACAUUACGGAUGAUGAAGAAGAAAAUGGAGCCGAUGAUGAUGUAGUGAGUCCUCCAUUUGUUGGGAUGGUAUUCCAGAGUUGGGAAGAAGUGGAUACGUACUACAAAAGGUAUGGGAGACAACAAGGAUUUGGCAUACUCCGUGCUGCAGGGUCGUAUGUGCAAAAGGAGGGGGGGGCAAAAUCUAAGGAACUGAGGGGAUACUUGUGGAAGUGUGAAUGUUAUGGUCGUGCAGUGUAUAGGCGUCGGGUUGAGGGGAAAAGGGUUUAUUCAACUAGGGAUGAGCUUGGCACCAAAAGGUCAAAGAAAUGUGAUUGCCCGGUUCUAAUGUAUUGCAACAGGACCAAGGAUGGGGAAUGGGUGGUUAAAAGGGAAGUUAAUGAGCAUAAGAACCAUGUCCAACACCGAGGAAAUCUAGAUAUGUUCCUAGCUAGCGAGAGGAAUGAAGUUGAGAACGUGACAUUCACCAAAAAAGAUCUUCAAAACAUCAUUGCUAGGGAUAAGGCAGAAAAGAUGAAGGAGGGAGAUUGGAAUGCAAUGUGGAAGUACUUUAAAGCGAUGUCUACUGACAACGAAAAUUUCUUUCACAAGCAUAAGGUGGGUGAGGAUAACAUAUUAAAGGAUGUGAUAUGGGUAGAUGCUAGGAGUAGAGCUGCUUACGAAGAGUUUGGAGAUGUUGUAGUGUUUGACUCCACCUACUUAACAAACGAGUAUGACUUGCCAUUUUCUAACUUUGUUGGGGUUAAUCACCAUGGUCAAACCAUUCUGCUUGGGUGUGCAUUGUUAUCCCAUGAAGAUUCAGAGACCUUUGAAUGGUUAUUUACCGAGUGGUUGUCAUGUAUGUCUAACAAAAAACCCAUUGGUUUUCUUACUGACCAAGACGCUGCCAUGAGGAAGGCCCUACGAGAAGUAAUGCCUGAUGUCCGACAUCGAUGGGAAAUGUGGGUGCCUGCAUUUAUGAACGGGAUGUUUUGGGCUGGAAUGAAGAGCACUCAAAGAUCCGAAAGCAUAAACAGGUUCUUUGAUGGGUUCGUUGAUAAGCACACUCGAUUGUUUGAGUUUGCUCCAUUUUAUAUUAAAGCAGUGGAAUCUAGAGCUAACGAUGAGCAACAGGCUGAUGCAGCUGAUCAAAGGGCAGUUCGCCCGUUGGCCACCCAAUUUAGUGCUGAGAGAGCCUUUAGAAAGGUGUACACAGAUGCAAAAUUCCUCGAGGUUCAAGAGCAGUGCAAUCGUGUACUGUACCUUACUUCUCUUGAGACUACUAUGGUGUCAGCUGAAGUUGCACAUCAUAAGCUGGAGGACAGAGUGUGGGUGUUGUGUAAGGAAACCCGCAAAGAAUUUUCAAUAAAGUACAGGCGGAAUUAUAUCGUGCAGAUAAAUUUGGAGACUAAAUUGGCGGAGUGCGAAUGCAAGCUGUUUGAAAGUGACGGUAUACUUUGCAGGCACAUUAUAAAAGUGUAUGACAUGCAUUACAUUCAAGAUGUCCCAGAUGUUUAUAUUCUUCGUAGAUGGAGGAAAGAUGUGUCAAGGAAGCACUCGCGCGUGAAGGUGGUGUACCAUGAUCCAAGUAAGACCGAAGAUGUCAUGAAGCAUGAUAAAUUAAUGCUAGCAUACGAGCCAAUCAGUUUGAAGGCGUCAACGAAUCCCGAGUGCAUUAAAAUCGUGAUGGAUACAUUGAAGGUGUUAGAGAAGCGGUUGGAUCAACAGUUGAUUGGUGUGAAAGAUAUGGAUGCUGAUGAGACACAGGAUGAUGUUGGUACUCCUGGUUUGACUCAAACCAACAAGAAGAGGGCAACUACUCCAAAAUCUGUUACCAAUGGGUGCAGUCAAACCAAAAACAAGAGGACCACCAAAAGUACCCCUAAGUCUGUGAACAAACGAAACAAAUGUGCAACACCUCCUGAUAACGUCAUUGUGAAUGAUCCUGUGGCAAGAAAUAAACCACAUAGGACACCAAGUUGUAGGCACCGUUCUUGUGUUGAGCCAAAAAAGAAAACACCCAUAAGGAGAAGGAGAAGCAAAACAAAUGAUGUUACUGGUUGCUCACAGGAACCUCCCACGCAGGGCGCUGAUGAUGUUGAGUUGACACACACUUCUGCUGGGGGUAUUGAGAUGUUAUCUCAAGAUGGGUCAGUUGGGUAUUUCACCAGCAUUGUUGGAGGAGAUGAUGGACUUGACAUUGUUGGUGAUGUUGGUGAUGAUGGACUUGGGCUUGACAAUGUUGAUGAUCUUUUAUGCCGAAAUUCUCUUGGGUGGGAUAAGUGA